AUGAAGCAACCACAUCACCACAUCAACAGCGUAAUUUUCAAGGGAGACCGUCCCCUGCCCGGGUCCCAUCCGUUUCUUAAUUUUGCGCGAAAGAUAGCUCAGGCUACCUCCAUGCGUCGCCCGGUCGACAUUCAACUCGGGUUAGCCAGGGGCUCAACUGUAGUCGCAGUUCGCGAGAAACAGCAGCAUGCACUCCAGAAAAUAAAAUGGCUGUUGCCAAACCUACUCAGUGUUAAUAGGCGAGAGGCUGCAUUGUGGAGACAGCCAUUUACUGCACUCAUGUCCUAUCUCCAACCUCCAAAUCGAAAGGGUAUUACAAAUGAUGAGAAACUAUGUCAAGACAAAUUAGAACAGCUGAUAAAAGACGUCCUCUCACACAUCGAUGCCAAGCAAGAUUCCUCGGAUCUCAACGAGUUACGUCCCCGACUUAUUGCUUUCUUGGAUGCCAAAGAAAGGGAAGAGGGUGAUGAAAAAGAGGAAGAAGAGGAAGAACUAGAGCCUCUAUAA